AUGGAGGUGAGGGAAGAGGGGGAGGGAGGUGAUUGCAUGGGGGGCGGAGAGGUGAUAUCAGAGGGGGGAGGGAGGAGAUGGCAAGGGGGGGGAUGGGAGGUAAUGGGCGGGGGGAAGGGAGGAGAUGUGAUGGUAUGGGGUGAAGGGAGAAUGGAGAGUCUACAGAAGUUCACAUCAGCGCCCGACAUGAACGAGCUGCACCGCGUGGCGGCAUCCUUCGAGCAGAAGAUCUUCUCAACGGCCACCAAUCAGGACGACUACCUGUGGCGCAUAUCCCAGAAGAUGCUCUACAUCAAGAGCAAGGGCCACAUGCUGCAGGCGCAGGCGGCCGGUGGGACGAGCUCGCAGGCGUCUGCAGGGUCCGUUGCCACUGGCGGGAUGACGGCCGAUGCAUCAGCAGCAGCAGCAGGCAAUGCGGGCGGGAGGGGCAAUGAUGAUGGGGCAGCAGCAGCAGCAGGCAGGCGCCAUGCCUCCCAUCAGUUCUCUCACAGGCCCAGGGGGGAUGGCCGCGCCACUGCAACCUGGGUCCGGCAUGGGGGCACCUGGGGCGGUGAGGCAGCUCCCUCAGAGUAA